CAAUUUGCCCUCAUGGCGUGUUAACAACGCUGUCAGUGUCAGAGAGAGCCAUGAGGCGUAACGUUAGUGUUCACAUUAUGUAGCAGUUAAAACUGAGAACGACUUGUUUUUCCCCCAGACACACGCAGUGAAUGCUAUAGUGAUCAGCUUAAAGGCCCCGCUGGUGAGUCAUACUGACUCAGCAUGGUGGGAUAUGACCCGAAUUCGGCUCUGACCCCAGAGGAAGCUGCUCUGGCUGGGUCGUUGGCUGGCACGGUCACCCGGGCCAUCAUUAGCCCACUGGACGUGGUCAAGAUCAGGUUCCAGCUGCAGAUUGAGCGGGUUUCCUCCAGAAACCCUCAGGGGAAAUAUUCCAGCCUGCUGCAGGCCUCACGCUGCAUCCUAACAGAGGAAGGACUGCCUGCUUUCUGGAAAGGCCACAUACCCGCCCAGCUGCUGUCUGUGUGCUACGGAGCUGUUCAGUUUGCCAGUUUCGAGGUGCUGACCGAGUUGGUCCAUAAGAACACUUCCUAUAACAGCCAGAUGCCCGGGGUGCACUUCUUGUGUGGAGGUUUAGCUGCCUGCUCAGCAACUAUCGCCUGCCAACCACUUGACACACUCCGCACACGUUUCGCUGCACAGGGGGAACCAAAGGUGUAUCGGACAUUCCGGCAUGCUGUGUUCACCAUGUACCGCCAGGAGGGGGUGCUCACCUUCUACAGAGGCCUCACCCCUACACUAGUGGCUGUUUUCCCCUAUGCUGGCCUCCAGUUCUUCUUCUACAACGUCUUAAAAAAGCUGCUGGAGCAAGACGGCAAAAAAUCAAAAGGUGGUCUGCAGAGUCUACUGAGUGGUGGCAUCGCAGGGGUCAUCAGCAAAACCAUCACGUACCCAUUUGAUCUCUUAAAAAAGAGACUACAGGUUGGAGGCUUUGAGGAAGCUAGAGUCCACUUUGGUCAGGUCCGAACGUAUCGUGGCUUUGUGGACUGUGUAAUGCGGAUAUCUAGAGAGGAGGGACUACGUGGUUUCUUUAAGGGCCUUACUCCCAGCCUGCUGAAAGCUGCUCUAUCUACAGGACUCACCUUCUUCUGGUACGAAUUCUUCACCAGUGCCAUCUCCAACUUGAAGGGCCACCCGUAAGCAAAAUGUCCAAAAGAGAGAGGAACUGGACGCUGCUGUUGUGUGUAUCAAGUGUGGGUUUUAGUGUUGAUUUAUGAUAAUUGACUUUUAAUAAGUAUGAUUAUUUAUACCACAUGGAGUGGUUUCAUGUCAGCAUUUUAAAGCAAUAGUUUGGCAAAAAUGUAAAUUUACAAAAUUUUCUACUUGCCUCAAAUUUUGUCAGAUCAGCAAAGUCUUGUGACGCUGAGUAUCUCCAUUUUGAAAAUACCAAAGUAGCAUGGAGAGUUUCAGGGCCUCUUUCAGGAGCUGAAACCUUUGCCUGUAGCUUUGAUGCCCAUAACUCAUAACAAAUCCUUCUGACAUUUGUCAAAAAGGUCUAGUUACUGGGACACAGCCGAUCAGUCAUCUUGGUUAUCACUAUGCCAGCGCCAGAACACAAUAUUGCAUUUUCAUCAUAUAAAAAAAAUUGCGUUCGGUGUGCAGGACGUUGUCACACCAAAUUAAUUUAUUAACAUAAGAAACAAACUGUGUGAAUAUAUUGUGUCCAGUGUGUAAAGAGGAAAGUUUUACAAAUUUAGUUUUUCUCUUAAUUAUUUGUUUUGAUUAACGAAACUAAUCAAAGUGAAUGAAAGCCUGUGAUGCCAGUCAUCAUGAUUUUAGCAACAUUUGCAUCACAGCUACAGUGCAGAGCUAAAGAAGCAAAUGUUGGACACCAGACAUGUCUUGUCUGAUCAGCUACAUUUGAGUGAAAUGGAAAAUAUUUGCCAAAUUUGCUUUAAAGGUGUAGAUGAACUUACGUUGCUAAUAGUGAAUCAAAGCUAGUGUUUCCUGUUGGCAAUACGUCAUGAAAACUGGCAUUACUGGCUUUGAUUCAAUCUUGAACGUUAGCUUUAAUUGUCACUGUACUUCAUUGAUGUGCUGAUUUUAACACUUCAUAUUUUAUGAAACUUGGCAAAUCUGCCUUUUUAAGUAGGGUCUUUACAAUCGGUGCGAGUCAAGUGUGAAAGCGUGACGUUCGAAUUGGAUCUUGCAAUCACGCACGGAAAUGAUCCGCGGAAAUGAUCCGCAGUCUCACUGCACUUACAACGACCUGUUCAAAAAACCAUACAUACCUAUUACCUGUCUACUUUCUCUUCUUCCUCUGGACUCAGGGACUCUUUCAGUUCUGAUUUGGGCCAUAUUUGUAUAAUUUUCCAGCAAAUCAUUGCAGUAGGCCAGCAUGAAUAAUCACAGAAGCAAUGGACGGAAAUGGACAUCUAAACAAAACUAGACUUGAGAGUCAGAGUGGAAAAACACCUGAAACUUUUGUUUACACCCAGCCAUGGUGCUGAAACCACUGUCCAUCUGUGGCUUUUUAAAAAAAAUGCUUUUUAACAUGGUUCUCCAUGUCACUGUCAUGCUCAUGUGACUGUAAGCGCUAAACAUGGUGCACAAAAUAGUUUGUUUACAGUAUCAACCUCCGUAUAAGCACGAAUAUUCUGAUUUUACAACAUGAAUACUUCAUUUUAGAAAAUUCCUCAUAGAGUCUUCUGAAAUUUCUCUUCUCCAAAUUGUGAACUUUUUAAAAAUACCUCAUGUGUGAACAUAUUGCAUUUACAUAUUAAGGGUGUAACGAUGUCAGUAGUGUGUUGGAAAAUUGUGUUGGAAAACACUUUCUAACCGUAUCAGUGGUCUCUUUUGAGGGUCAAAUUCAGCGUCUUUUAUGGAAAUCAUGGUCAAUAAUCAAAACUAGGCAUCUGGUUACAUGCUAUUCACGGUUUUAUUGUUCAUAGCUCAGUUGUACUGCUUUAUAAGAUGAUGUAUUUUUGCAUAAGGACACACUAUUUGGCAGUCAUUUGUUCUGAAAUAAAAUUUGACUUUAUCUGAGCUGAACCAAGCUGUAGUUCAGAAUUAGAGAUCUGUAGAAUAAAGACAUAAAGAUGUAAAAUAUCGAGUCACAUAGAAUCUUGACCACAAAUCAAAUCCCAUCUAUAAAUGUGUAUCAUUACACCACUAAUAUUUAUGAACAGAAAGACUGAAACUGAACAUGAUGGUGUCCACCUCAGAGUGCUGCAGUUCUGUUCAUAUAUAUUUUAACGGAUUCAUACAUAGUUCAAAUAUAUUUUAACUGAUUUACUUAAUAAAGCAAGAUGCUAGACACACUGUAGUGAUGAUGGUUGUAGUGAUGUAUGGUCCCGAUACCACUUAACACAGCGACAAAUGAAGUAAUACAUAAAUACACCUUACUUCCUCCACAGAAAGUUUUGUUUCAGAAUAUAAUUGCUGUCGGAACAAAACCUUGCAUCUUCAAAAGUGGUAACUCUACAGCAGAAGAAAAAAAUUGUUCUUUAAAUACAAGUUAAUGUAACAAGAUUGAAUUGCAUGCACUUCUGGGCUGUUUCAAUUGGUCCUGUUUGUUAUGCAAUGAGCAGCUGACUUUUCCAGAUUAUGUUUUACAUUGAAAAUGGAAAUGCAAGGUUUUGUUUAGUCAAUGAUGACGCAGAUCUGUAACAGUCCAUGUGGUAUUUUGCACCAGCCUGGGCCGGUACCAUCUGUAGAUGCAAGAAUUUAGACGUUAUGAACGUUGAGAAUACCAUGUCACAACAUUGUUGGAAAGAAUGUGUGGAUUAGGCCUCAACACUAAUGUGUUUAUUAUUUACUGUAGUUUUAGGACUUGUAUUCUGUAGGAUGGUCAAAUAUGAUGUCAGUAUAUACGCACAUAUAUGCUUUCUCAUUUUUUAGUCAGUUUAAUGAUGUUGAAACACUUCUACCUUCUACUGCUCAGAAAACAUUGACAACUGUAACUUGAUCUGUGUUUAAUGUGCUUGGUAAAUGUUUAUAGCUCACUGUUUUUCAUUUUCUCUGUCUCUUUCAUCUCUGUACACUUAAAAGUGCCUAUGGAUAAUUUCCAUUUCCCAUCUAUUUAGAUCACAUGUAAAACCACAGCUUUUUCAUUACAGCUUGUAUUUUAGGUCAUCGGUUGGCUUUUACUGAAACGUCUGGGUCAUGUACUGAAGUUUGUUUUUGCUGAGCUGACCUCUGCACUGAACCUGAGUAAGGAACACUUUUUCAGCCCAAACUGUUUUGCAUUGUACACACAUUGGUUCAAAGACUAUUUAACCACUCUGUCUGCAUUGGUAAAUGUAUUGUUCUCCUCUUUCUUUCCAUCAGUCGGAAAAUUCUUGAAUGUCGCUGUUCUGUUUGUGUGUAUAUGAGGUCAAGAAGCUGAACUAAGUUAUUUCUAAAAUUAUUUUUUACCAAAACCAAUAAAAAGAGUGUUUGUC